CAUUCACCUGAGCGAAAAGACGGAUCCUCAGAAUUUAGCUGAGAUCACAAACAAAAGGCUGAAUUCGAGUCCAGGGUGAACUUUCACUCACAUUCUCAGUGUUUACUUACAUUGUUUGCACUGUUUCCUAGUUUGGAUGAACAGCAGAGUCAUGAUUGACUCCUCUCCUGCAAACUGUUAUGUCAUGGAUUUGUGAGGUGGGGUGGGGGGUAGGAGCGACUUGUGCACAGCUUGUCCACCUUGUUCUUCCCUUGCCAGCCCCAGCAUGCAUGCCUGCCUGUCUGCUCAUUUGUAUCCUUGUCUCUGACCUGCUCCUCGACUCCUCCAGCGUCCCCCCACAGAAAACAGAGGACAUUGUAGGGAGUUUGUCCCUCCUCUGAUCUUUGUGCAGCAGCCGGCCUUCAUUCUGGAGGGAAAGGAGCCGGUGGAGUCCAGGAGAGGCGAUGGGAGGAGCAGUCCUGCCUCUCUGCCUCUGACCCAGACCCAGAGUCCUGGACCCUGGCAGAGUGAGAGUCUGCUGGCGGAGUCCUGGUCCACGAUGGGCGACGUGGAUCCGGAGGACACCAAGAGUGUUGACAGCAGUGAUGGAGCAGUUCUAGCUGGAGAGGAGAACCACUCCUCCAACUCGGACAUGGUCCACCUGGAGCGAGAAGAGGCAGAGAUGCUGGAGGAUGAGGAAGAGGAGGAGAGGAGAUGGGAGAAAGAGGAGGGGGGCGAUCUGCAGGCGAGUGUGCUGAGCAUGCUUGGUGGAGAAAGGGAACUCCGGGCUCCAGAAACUGAGGAGGUCCUGAUGUCGGUGGAGGGGCCUCACACUGAAAGAGAUCCAGCAGAGGUCAGGCAGGUGGCUCCCCCCAUGACCCUGCCUCCUCUGCCCAUUGUCAAACUGGACCCCCCCUCCACAACUUCCACGCCUGUCCCUUCAACCACAGCGUCUGAAGUAGAAGAUUUUUGUUCUACUCAGAGCCUUCAACCUCCUUCAAUCCUCACACCUAGAGCUGCAGAACCUCCAGAACGGAGUCUGGGUCAGCCGAAGUUCUCAAACAUCCCCCUCUCAGAUGCCGAGGAGCAUCCAGUUAAAAGUGACCGGCUGAAGAAAAGGGAGCUAAACCCGAGAGCUCGUCAGACCAAAUCUCUGAGCUCCUCCGAGCUGCUGUUUGGAGGAGCAGCAUUAGUAGCUGUUGUGGGUGUGGUGGCCUACGGUGCCGUGGUCUACUGCAAAAAGUAGGAAAAAUAAACUCUUAAAAACACAAAUCCUUUCUGUUUUUAAACCAAUUCCUAAUAAAUUAUUCCUCCUCAGUCUUUUAA